CCGAGAGAAAUGAAACGCCCCAUUCCAGAAUGACACUUUGAUGUCACUUCAGCGAGCCCUGUGAGGUGGAAUACGAAGCUCCUAACGCUCAGGAAGUGGAAUUUGUGGUUUAAGGGGCCGAGCUCUGAAGGAGUUGAGAGGCACAGAAAAAAAGAAAACGAAAAAAAAAAAGCCAACUCAAGCACCAUUGCUCCUUAAAGGGAGGCUAAAUUUAAAGUCACCCAAACUAACAGCCUGCUGCGCAAACCCCGUCUGCAGCCCAGCUUCCUUCACCCCUCCACAUGGGUCGUCUCCCCGCCGCCGCCCCGCGGGAGACUCGGGGGUGACGCUCGCCGCCGCCGUGCCCGGCGCUUGGAGAGGGAGUGCGGCCGUGCCGGCCGCAGCAGCACCCCACCAUGCCGAGGUCCUUCCUAGUGAAGAGCAAGAAAGCGCACAGCUACCACCAGCCCCGCUCCGCCGACGAGGACUACAGCCUGCGGCUGGAGACGGUGCUAGCCCAGAUCUGUGCAGACAGCAAGAUCCCCGAGGACGCGGGGCUGUGCCGCACCGUCCUGCCCGACCCGGAGCCUUCCCAGGGGCGCUUCUCCCCGGAAUCCCACCUUACCGAGGCUGCCGAUGGCACCUCCGAGUCAGCGCCCAGCUGUGAGGGCAGCGUCUGUGACAGGGUGUCCGAGUUUGAGGAUUUCUGGAGACCUCCCUCGCCCUCCGUCUCGCCAGCCUCUGAGCGAUCCGUGUGUCCAUCCCUAGAUGAAGCACCCCCCUUCUCGGUGCCCUUCAAGCCGUACAUGUGGAACAGCCUGGGUGGCUCUGAACUGAGGCAUCUUGUGCAAAGCUACAGGCCCUGCCCGACACUGGAGCGAACCUCAGCUCUGGGGCUCUUCUGUGAGCGAGGCUCUGAGCCUGCCCUCUACAGUGCUGAGUGUAGCUCUUCUCUUGGACUUUAUGGUGACUUUGGCUCUCCGGGCCCGGGCCUGUUUGAACGGCCGCCAGCAGCAGCACCUGGACUCUAUGCUGAGACACAGCCUGGGCUGCAGCAAGAGAAGGGCCCAGGUGGCAUCAAAGUGGAGUCGGACCUCUUGUGCCGCCCAUUGCUCAUCAGCACUGGCUCUUACAAGUGUGUCAAGUGCAGCAAGGUCUUCUCCACACCACAUGGCCUUGAAGUGCAUGUGCGCCGCUCACACAGUGGCACAAGGCCCUUCGCCUGUGACAUGUGUGGCAAGACCUUUGGCCAUGCAGUCAGCCUUGAGCAGCACAAGGCCGUGCACUCACAGGAACGCAGCUUUGAUUGUAAGAUUUGUGGCAAGAGUUUUAAGAGAUCUUCUACUCUGUCCACCCACCUGCUCAUCCACUCGGACACCCGGCCCUACCCGUGCCAGUACUGUGGGAAGCGGUUCCACCAGAAAUCUGAUAUGAAGAAACACACCUUCAUUCACACAGGCGAGAAGCCUCACAAGUGCCAGGUGUGUGGGAAAGCCUUUAGUCAGAGCUCCAACCUCAUCACCCACAGUCGGAAGCACACAGGCUUCAAGCCCUUCGGCUGUGAUCUGUGUGGCAAAGGCUUCCAACGAAAGGUGGAUUUACGGAGACACCGGGAGACGCAGCACGGCCUGAAAUGAGUCCCAGCUGCAACAUGGAAAGCACCUACAACACUAUGAGAACAGAUUCCCUUGGCUUCCCCAAUGGACCCAAGCCUUGUCCUAAGCAUAGAGCCUGGUAUUACGUUUCUGACCAGGAGCUCAGAGGGGAAAGAAGAGGACAGAGCCGUGCAUUGACAGCUCAACCUGAAUGACUAUGAAAGCAGAAAUUAAAAGGCUGGAGUUUCGUUUUUUUCUCUUCCCCUCUCUGUUUCUGAAAUAACACUGGAAAAUAAGCCUUUUAGAAGCCUGAUACUCCAAAGAUGGAUAAGCUACCAAAUAUCUGUAAGCUGGAAAAUAUUUCUCCCAUGGCCGAGGUGAAUCCAUUGAAGUUCAGUAGCUUGAAUCACCUUACAGGGAAACACGGGUAUAACUGUUUACACAGUAAUGACAGAGAGCCUUCUGCAGUGGUGUAGGGAGCACUUGCUUUGGCUGAGUUUCAAUGGCUUCACUCUUGGUUUCCUGUCAGGAAAAUCUGGAGGAUCAGGACUGAACUGUGCAGCUUGACAUCUUGCUGUUUUUUAAGCAAAGACACCAGCCUGGAUCUGAUCCUGCUCUCACUUGUUCUGGUGCAAACCAGGAGCUGCAUUAACCGUUACAGCGAGGCCCUUUUUGUCCUCUCAGAGCUAUCUCUGUCUCUGCAAGGCCUGGGUGUGUACAUGUGUGUUUGAGGCAUAGGGGAUACUUCUUGCUACAUCCUCUGGGGAGAAGGAAACUUGUGAAAGACAAUUGGAAAAGCCAAAGCACAGAGUUAUGCCUUAUAACUAGAAACCCACUCAACAAGUGAUCCUGAUUGAGGAGGGCAGGAGCACUGGAGAGGCACAGACUUUCUGUCCAGAACCAUUACUGGCCUCCACACUCUGGGCUUGUUCUAAUAACUGGGAAAUAGCUACUCAGUAGCAUCAUUUGUAUAUUUGGUUUUGUUUUUUAUUUUUUAAAGGGAAACUCGGUUGAGGUGGGCAGGAAUCGUUAUAAAAGUGUAAUUGACUGAAUUUGCCUUAAAUGACCCUGCAUGUACCUCAGUUAAAAAAAGAGAAAAGCUGUUUUUACUUUGUUGACAGGUUUGUAAAUGUCCUUAUUUAGAUUUUGUGGAGUGUCUUAUGUUUAUUGGUACAUAUUUAUUGGAACAAUGUUUUAAGUUAAUAAAGUAUUGAGGAUGGUCUGGA